AACUACACGGGCUAUUUGGGGUGUAAUCUUAAUGCGAGCCUUUUCGCUUCGGCCGGGUUCACCCGAGCGGAGUCGGUGUGGCAACCAUGCGCAGCGCAUUCCACACCAAUCCCGACGAACUUCACGCCAGUUGGGUCCCGACCGCCACCGACGUAGGACUGCUGCCGCUCGCUCCGGCAAAACUAUCGUACAAUAAAACAGAAACAAACUCAAAGUGUGUUAAAAGAUUCCAAAUUCGAAUCUCAAUUAAACACAGUGCUUAUUAGUGAUGGGAAGUGACCAGUGCAUGGAUUACGACGACGUACGAUGACCGAAAGUUUAAGUUGGACGACCGAAAAAAGUUGUGGUCCUGUUGAGCACAAAAAAUGCUCGUAGUGAUGGCCUGAUGGGAUCGCAGUGUGGCCGAAUCUGUGUAGUUAGUGAUGUGAACUGUGAUAAAAAAAUUCGACAGUCACGUAGAUGAUUGUCUGUGUGUGUGAUAUAUUUAGUUUAUUAGUUACCAAAGAAUCCUGAUGAUCUUAUACAUUAGCCUGUGUUUCAUAUUGAUAGUUUUAGCGGACCCGUUGCCAGGCAAGCACGUGCCGCUGGAGAGCUAUGAGAGCGAGCUUGAGCGCGAGCACGCGCUCCCCACAUCCGUGCCAAAUGCGGACAUACUCAAGACCAACAGUAACCCCACUUAUCACAAGCCUAGGCCGCCACAGAACUACGGCGCGGCGGUGCUGGCGCGGGUGGGGGACGGGGCGGUGCCCUCCUACGCGCCCCCCAACCGGGCCUUCUUCACCCCCCCGCUGCCCCCUGAGUACAGGAACCCGUUCGCUGACAAGCCUACACUUAGAGGCACAAACACAGACGGGAACAACUACCUUAACCGGAGGCCUAUCCCCCCUCCGUCUCUCGGGCCAGGCCACGAGAGGAUACCAAUCAGGCCUCCAGGACAGGAGACCUCGGCGCCUCAAGUACCAGCGCCCCCGCCCGCGCCGCCCCUACCGCCGGCCGGCAUCGAACCGCAGAAGAAAAAACCACUCAACACCCCUAGCCAUAAGCCUGAAGAACUAGACAGCGACAUAAAGCAUGGCUCGGACCAGGCCAACUUCACAGACUUCGUGCCAAACUCGCUCAAUAUCCCAACCAUCUCCCGCAUCCUCUCCGGCUCCAACGGACGCAAAGAGGACAUCCCCGACGUCCUCCUUAGGACCGUCACCGCCAAACCUCAACACACCGAGAAAACCUCCAAGAGUGACAUCUACGUCACCAAAGAAGGUGUCACUCUCAGCGACGCCAACAGAGACAGCUCCACUGAAGGAUCAGUCCUCGCCGUCUUGGACCCAGAAAUGAACAACCUAGAUAGACCUCUAAUCGUCGACCAAAAUGGAGAAACGAAUACUAGAAGAAACCUCCAAUACUCGACUAAUAAAGAUAGAAACGAGAGCAGAAACGACGAAUUCACACCAGCGACAACUGUGCAUUUCGAUCUCAAAGAUCCAGAAAUGUCCACGGAAAGAUACCAUAAUUUAGCCAACGUCAAUUUGGAUAAGAAGAAUCUUAAGCAGGACUCGAAGAAUGGACCGGUGCAAAGAGCGGGAGUCACCUGGCCUUUCGCCUGGAACGUACAUAUAUAUUUAGCGACAGUUAUUUUUACAAUCCUAGCCGUAUUCUCUAUAUUUAAGAUCAUAUGCUAUAAUAAGUUCACGCACCUCUUCACCCAGUACUACUUUAUUAUACUACACUUAAUCUUAGUGUUUGUAUGUCUAAUGAGGAUAUUCUACAUGUGCUACGAUCCUUAUAAUAUCAACAAUUCGUUGCCAGUUUUUCUUAGUGAGAUCCUGUUACAUGUCCCAGAGAUAUUCCUGAGCAUUGCUUUCUCUUGCACCAUCCUGUUCCUAUUAACCAAUAGCAUCAACUUCAAGAACACUUGCUGUUCUUUCCUGUUCCGUUCAAGAACAAUCAUCGUCGGAGGUGGUCUCCACCUCCUCUCGUGUCUGAUGUUGCAUAUCUUUGAAAAUAGUAAUACAAUUUAUAGGACUCCACAGGGAGUAGAAAAAAGGGUAUUAGGUCUAACUUGUCAAAUAAUAUUUAUCAUGGCAUGCCUGACGCUAGGUCUGUGCUAUCUCUAUGUAUAUAAAAUGCUCAAGUCGAUUCUUCAAAAGAAAAGCCACACGUAUAUACACGGCUUCCAGAAUUUAUACCAAGCUAUUCAUAUAAAUCUGGCGACGGCAUUGCUGUUCGUUCUAAUGGCCACUCUUCAAAUAUACGGUAUCUUCGGAAUAAGUCAAGUCAAUAUGACGAAAUUCAACUGGCUUCAAUGGGGCUACCAAUUCUCCUUGCGUCUUAUCGAGAUUUGCAUCGUAGCCCUUAUCUCCUGGGUCAUAAGUCUCAAAGUCGGUAUCGUGGCUUCUCUGCAGCAUGAGAAGGCUGACGGGCAGAAAAUAUCUGGCUUAGGCUUGUUCCCUUGCACGGCUGGGUCUAGCAACGAGCAGUUCGAAUCAGACUAUCCCGCCAUUUGUAACACCAAUACGAAUCUACAUACGUAUACUUUAAGAACUGGCAAGCCGAUCUAUGAAUCAGCGGGCCAUCAUCCGAACCUGCCCGAUCCUUGCUGCGGGGGACCAGCAAUGGAACACCCGAGGUUUCUUAACACUAUUGGGGGCGCUUGCGACAAUAAUUCUGGAACUGAAAACUAUUCCGGACACAGUUCCAUAGCCAACGCUGGUCAUAGCAGCUCAACGGAAUCCAGCAACGCUACGUCCAGCCAAGGUGUGACCAAUCAUUUGAUCAAACACCAUCCAAACAUAGCCGGUUACAACGGCAUAGAAUCCGCGUCUGACGACCACUAUUCCAACUGCGACCCCGCCAUCCAAUCCUUACAAGGAGACGACCCAUUAGACCACGAAUAUAACGUCAUACAGUACGGCAGCAACAGCGAUUUCAUUCGUGACAUCAAAAACCAGAACUACAACGGCGGUUCAAACAGAAGUUCGCACAACUUCAAACACAUGUCGUACGAUAGGGUAUCCUCUAGAACGAACAGCAAUCCUCGAAAGAAGCAUAGAGCGAAGAACAAGAAUGUCCAGAACUGUAUGACUAUGGGUUACGACGCUUCAAUGGCGCAUCAUUACCACCAGCCCCAUAUGCCUGAUGAAUACGGGAAUUAUAAUACAGAGAACGCGUCCUACCACGCCUCGGGCAUCCAAACCCUUAACCCUAACAGGAGUUACGGGGACGGUUGCCAACGGAGUUCGCAACGACGGAAUUCCCCAUCUACGUCCGCCGCUAACUCCAGCGGGAGUCAGAAAAGGGGGAAGAACAAUGGAUUCCCUGAUAGGCCUAAGUCCACAGACUUGUACGGGUUUUCCGAAGACCCUAACGAGAGGAGCUACCCUUGCGCGUUAGCCCCUCAACCGGCGCCGAGGAAUUGCGGGUAUGAAGCGUCGUACUCCCAGCCUCAGGACGAAAUAAACCCUAACGAAGCUGAGGGGAACAGUAUGCUGGUAGCUCAGGACGGCUUCGUGAGGUUCCGACCUUUGGAAGACGGUCCGUCGCAAACUUGAUUCACCAUAAAUCUGCCGCUGGCAGAGAACCUUAGCUUCUGAAGAAUAAAGGCUGAUUUUGAACGCUCUUUUUUUUCUGAGCUGCCGAGCCUCGAGUCUUUGACUCUCCGAUCAUGUAAAUUGUAAAUGAGUUAGGUUUAAUGCGGUAUUAUUUAAGUAUCAUAACGGCCUCAUGUACAUACGCGUUUUUUUAAGUUUACGGCCUUUUUUAUAAGAAAUCGUGAUUUUUUUAUGACCCUGUGACGAACUAGCGAUAGUUUUACUAUUUUUGCAUUUAUCUUGAUGAGGGAAAGUCUUGAGAAAAUUAACUUUUCCUGCAAGUAUAAAUGAAAACUGAGCGUAAUUUUUAUUGAAGGUUUGCCAACAGUACAGCCUAAUUGCAAAAUGAUUAUAACGAAACUCCGAAAACUUAUAAUUGAUAAUCAAAAAUAUUUUGUAUGAUUCCGUUCGUGUAUACCUCGCAAGGUUUAGGGGCAAUAAAAAAGUCAAAAUUUACGCAAUUUAACUACUUUUUAGAAUCAGCUCCUGACAUUUUGGGAUAUUUUAUAUAUCCUUGGAUCGACUGAAAAUUCAGUAACAUAGACCCCCUUGGAUUUGCCAUUUGUUAUAGGUUUAGUACCAUAAAGGUAUGUGUAUAAUACCCAAUUAGUUGUAAGUUAACGACAAUUUUAACUAUAUGUGAUAUCGUUAUAAAUAUUUUGUUUCAAACAAAUCUGUCCAUAGAUAAGGGAAUCCAGGCGACAUAUUUAAUGUUAAAAAAACAUUUAUAUGUGACGUUCCACAGGUAAAGGUACCUUACAGCUGCAGCACCGCAUUAGUAUUGGAGUGUCUUAACAGCGUAAGCGCCGACCGCCGUAAGGUACCUUUACCCGUGGAACGUCACAUGUGUUAACUGGUAUAAUCGUGUCCAUAUUUACAGUCCAAGUAAUUUAAUCAUGAAUAAAUAUUUAUUUGUUUUGUUACGUCCGUUAAAUUAAAUCAACAAGGAUAUAAACUGCUGGUUGAUAAUUAUUAAUUACAAAUAUUUUUUCAAUCAUCCUACAAUGUUAAUCAGAAUUUUUUAUUCAAUUCUUUGUUGAUUAAAAUAUUAUCCCCAAUUGUCAAUUUGUGUCUAAAUACCGAUUGUAGAGCAGUAACAAUAUCUGAAUGUCCUAUAAAAGUGUUACCACUUUAGUACUCUUCGUAUAUUUAGAUCCACGGCAAAUAGAAAAAAAAAUGUUUUUUGUGAAAUAGCAUUUUGCCUAGUCAGCACGACAGAACUACCAUAUAAUAUGCUGCCAUUUUUAAUCAUACACCUAUAUUCGACACGCACCGAAUUAUAUGACGAUUUUAUUACUAUUCGCUAUACACUAAGUGCGUCGUGAAAACUAAUACUUAGGGCACACUGAAAAUUCCUGGACUGGCCACAAAAAAUAAGUUGUCUUAUAUAUCAGAAUCCAGAAACCCUCAGUAUGGCCCACGUAUAGGCUCAAUUUGACAUAUAUUAACUGUCAAAUGAGUAAUGUAGCUCAUAGCCGCCAGGCGGCGCCACAAUCGUGCACAUGGCGAACUGAAUGUAAAAAAAAUUGAGAGAAAUAUAAUUGCAGUAUAAUAUAGUGCGUUUCAAAUGUAGUGACUGUUUAGGCUACCAGAAUAUAUAAGGAGUUGAUACACGAACACAAAACUAUAUGUUAUCUACAAUAAAUGUAUGUUGAACAUAAAUGGGGCAUUAUCUGUGAAAAGGGACCUUAUUGUCGAUGGCGCUUACGCCGUACAGCGUUACGUGCCAUUGUAUUUCUAUCGGAGCGUCGUUAAUAAUGGCGUAAGCGCCAUCGACAAUAAGGUCCCUUUUCAUAGACAACGUCACAAAUAUUAUAUAAUUAACUCGAUGUUGGCACUAUAAAUAGAUAGGUAAAAUUAAAAUAAUUGUAAAAAUUAGAAAAAUACUAAAGAAUAUUUAUAAUCGGUACCAUCAUUAUACGUUUUGUGGUGUUCGUACGUGGCGAUACUUAACCGUGCUCAUAUAAUAUAAUUCCUAUGUAUAUAGAUCUUAAAUAAGUAUCACAGAGGGAUUAUUUCAGUCAGUUACUUGACUUGCUAAAGUCGGUGCCCUAACGUAAGCACAGUGUAAAAAGUAACAGUGGUCCGACGGCCUUUGACGUGUACCGAGGCGAUGACAAUGCGAUGACAGCGAUGUAUGCAGCUCGGGUGCGCAUGAAGCCCCAUUCGUCGAACGACUAUAUAGACAUAAGUAUCCACUUUUAUAUACAGCUAGUAUGGCGACGUGGGUACAUAUCCUUCUAAAGCCCACACAAAAAAAAUUGUUAAGUGAAUUUGAAAUCAAUAGUGAAGGAAAUAUGGUCGAAUUUCUUUUGAUUUGUAAUCGAACGAAACAAAAGAAUAGAACCCUUUUCCAGUUAUUCAUAAUGGUCCUAACUUCAGUGAAGCAAUUAGUAGGUACUACUGAUAGGACCGUGGGCCUUGCGAGGUUGAGUACUUACUGUACCAGCGUCAAUAAGGUACAAAUUCAAGUAGUUCGGUACGCCAUACAACAUGGUGCAUGGUACAUGGUGUACAGAACUAUUUGAAUACUUUAGAUGCUACCUACUAUAUGACGCUGACUGUACACAUACAAGCAGUAUGAAACAAAUUUUAUAUUUUAAAACACUACCAAAUCCAUAGUAAAAAUUAGUAAAUAUUUAGUAAAAAAAUCGAGAAUGUCAAAUUAUAUAAGUUGCGGAAAAUUUCCAAAAACUUAGAAAAUGGCUUAAAUAUUUGGAUUUUUUUUCAAAAAUUCAAGGUCAUUUUGUACAGUCAGCUGCAGAGAAAAGGCACCACCCCUGCAAACAAACUUCCAUGGAAAAUGUGGAAAAAUAGCAAUUUUGGAAACUUUGUCGUCAAGUCUUUGUUGUUCAAAUUAGAUCAAAUGAGGAGUUCCAAUUUUUCACAGUCGCUUCACAGUUAGAGCCACCCCAUAGCGUCUUUUGAGCGUCAGCGUCUAGACUGCGUGGCGUCGCUGCGCACUUACGUCGAAGUUGCGUCGAGCGCAGCCAUAGAGUUGACUAGACGCCGACGCUCGAGAGACGCUAGUAUGGGGUGGCCCUUAAAUACGUAACUGUGGUGUGGAUGCACCUUUAUACUGUGUAUUUGUAAUUCUGAUGCUUAUUCAAGUAUGCUGACUGAACUAAUUAUUCUGUGCAAAUAUGGUAUGGCUACACGCCUGCCGCGAAUGCCACUAAUUCUAUUAUUUUUAUCUUAAGCCUGUACAUAUUACGGGAUACUCUAAAGUACCCAUUACGGAACCAUCGCGUUCGACUUGUUGUAAAUUUAUAUAAUUUUUUUUUAAUAUUUCCAAGACUGUACUUUAUCAUUUAACAAAAUGACAACUGACAUAUUACUAUGUAUAAAUAAAUAAAAACGGUAUUGCA